AUGGUCAGAGGAUUGCUCGGGAAGCUUGCCGGUCGCUCCCUUUCCGUCGCCGGGAAGUGGCAGCAGCAACAGCUCCGCCGCCUCAACAUCCAUGAAUAUCAGGGUGCUGAAUUGAUGGGAAAAUACGGAAUUAAUGUUCCUAAAGGUGCAGCGGUUGGCUCCAUUGGAGAAAUCAAAAAGACACUUGAGUCUGUUUUUCCUAACCAAGACGAGAUUGUGGUUAAGUCUCAAGUCCUUGCUGGUGGACGUGGGUUGGGGACCUUUAAGAACGGUCUCAAAGGUGGAGUUCACAUCGUGAAGAAAGACCAGGUCGAAGAUAUCGCUUCUAAGAUGCUUGGGCAAAUACUUGUUACGAAGCAGACUGGUGCUCAGGGAAGGAUAGUCAGUAAGGUUUACCUGUGUGAAAAGUUCUCACUUGUGAAUGAGAUGUAUUUCUCCAUUAUUCUUGAUCGUGCAUCAGCUGGUCCUCUCAUUAUUGCUUGCAGAAAGGGAGGAACUAGCAUCGAAGACCUUGCUGAACAGUUUCCUGACAUGAUAAUUAAGGUACCUAUUGAUGUUUUUAAGGGAAUUACUGACGAAGAUGCUGCCAAAGUUGUAGAUGGUUUGGCUCCAAAGGUGGCAGACAGGAAUGAUUCAAUUGAACAAGUGAAGAAGCUGUACAAACUAUUCUGUGAAUGUGAUUGCACAAUGUUAGAAAUUAAUCCUCUUGCUGAGACUUCUGAUAACAAGUUGGUUGCUGCUGACGCAAAGCUCAACUUUGAUGAUAAUGCUGCUUUCCGACAGAAAGAAAUAUUUGCUCUUCGUGAUCCAACACAAGAAGAUCCUAGAGAGGUUGCUGCUGCAAAAGCAGACUUGAAUUAUAUUGGCUUGGAUGGAGAAAUUGGCUGCAUGGUCAAUGGGGCUGGGCUGGCCAUGGCUACUAUGGAUAUUAUCAAACUACAUGGAGGAACUCCUGCAAAUUUCCUUGAUGUUGGAGGAAAUGCUUCUGAAGGCCAGGUUGUGGAGGCUUUUAAAAUCUUAACUGCAGAUGAAAAGGUUAAAGCUAUCUUGGUGAACAUCUUUGGGGGCAUCAUGAAAUGUGAUGUGAUUGCAAGUGGAAUUGUAAAUGCAGCCAAGCAGGUGCAAUUGAAAGUACCAGUAGUUGUUCGUCUUGAAGGCACUAAUGUUGAACAAGGGAAGAGGAUUCUCAAGGAAAGUGGGAUGACGUUAAUUACAGCUGAAGAUUUGGACGAUGCCGCUGCCAAAGCUGUCAAAUCCAUCAGCAGUUAA